AUCAUAUUAAUACAAAUUCCAACUUGUCAAGUUUUAUCUGAAAGAAACAGACAUAUUGAAGGCAAGAUGAGAGGAAUAAUAUUGCUCAGUCUCCUGGGUGUCUUGUCUGCACAAUGGCCACUAGGGAGCAGGGUACCCUUGGAAAAUAAACACGGGUUUGGAAAUCAGACAGAGAACCAUCCUUUGGUAGACACAGAAUCAAACCAAAUGAAUUACUCUCAGUAUAUUGUUGCUGAGGAACAGAAAUGCCUUGAAAGGAUGAAUACAUAUCCACCUUAUAAUGAGUCAGGACUCUACUGUAACAGGACUUGGGACGGCUGGAGGUGUUGGGAUGAUACUCCAGCUGGAAAACUUGAAUGGCAAAAUUGCCCUGGAUAUUUUGUAGAUUUCAACGAACAAGAAAUAGUCACAAGGUUUUGUACAGAAUCAGGACAAUGGUUUGUACAUCCAGAGACACAAAAGGAAUGGUCAAACUACACCCUUUGUGUUAAUAGACGCUUAAAUGAGCUGCCUCCACCUAACUCUCUUCUCACCUCUCUCAGAACAAUCUCCUCAACCCUAACCUGUCAGGAUUCAAAGCGACCACUCCACGGGGACUGCUCACCUCAAGACAUUGAACCUCAAAUCAACCCAUGAUGCUGAUAAAACUCACAGGAUGACUUCUAGAGAGUGCAGAGGGAUCAAUAAAACCAUAUACAAUGGGAAAAACCUGUGACUUGAAUGAUACAAUUAAUUUUUUCAUUCAGAAAUAAAAAAAGCAUGCAUUUAAAAUAAA